UUCUAGAAUCAUGGAGAGAUUAGGCGACGAUGAGCUGGCGGCGGUGCUGAAGAGGGUUUCUCACCGGCGAGACCGCAAGGCGUGCUCUGAGGUAUGCAAGCAAUGGGCGAGAUUGGAGGGCUCUAUCCGUUCUUCUCUGCGUCUUCUGCUUCCCCAAUCACUCCCUUCUCUCUCGCGAAGGUUCACUAAUCUGAAAACCUUGGAGAUUAAUACCAGAAUUUCCGACAGGAACCUCCAAGCUGCCGCCGAGAUAUGCACUAAUCUCCAAACCCUUAACUUAAACUUCCGCAGAAACCGAUGCUUCUCCGAUGAAUUCGAGAGUUAUGGAUUCGAUUUUGAGGAUGUUACUGACAGUGGGCUCUGCGGCAUAUCAUUUGCUUGUCAGAAACUGAUAAAUUUUUCAAUGAGAUGGAGGAAAGGGAUUGGGGAUGUUGGAAUCGCUGCUCUUAUAUCACAUGCAAAGAAUUUAGUCUUUCUUGAUCUGUCAUGGUGCAGUGGGAUUAGUGAUACUGCGCUGGAAGCCGUGGCUUCACUGAGUUCCUUGAUGGAAGUAUAUCUUCGUGGAUGUUAUCUGAUAACUGAUCAUGGCUUGAAAUCUUUGGCCCACGGAUUGUCAGCCAAGACUAUGGAGGUUUUUGAUGUUUCUGAGUGCGAUCGGAUUACGGACCAUGGGGUCUCUUCCUUGCGGCUCAUGUCCUCUUUGCAGGAAUUGAGGCUGGCGGAAUGUGGCCCCUUAGUCACUGAUUUUGGAGGUGCUUGUAUUGCUGCUAUGACUAGCUUGAGGAGAUUGGACCUUUCUUGGCUGAUCAAUCUUUCGAAUUCUUCACUCAUUGUUGUAGCUCAGAACUUUCAGAAUCUGGUGGAGGUUAGAUUGAUAGGCUGUGAUCAGAUUACUUGA